AUGGACGGAGGGGGAGUGCUUGGCCAUGGGGGGCUGAGGCUCCUGGCCUGUUUUAUGGGGGUCUUUGUCUGUUACUUCUACUACGGGAUCCUGCAGGAGACAAUAACACGAGGGACGUAUGGCGAAGGAGAAAACAAGGAGAAGUUUCGAUAUGCACUGUCGCUGGUCUUUGUACAGUGUGUGGUUAAUGCCGUAUUUGCUAAGUUAUUAAUUCAAUUCUUUGAUGCUAAGGCUAAGCCUGACCGCACACAGAGCUGGCUCUAUGCAGCCUGUUCACUCUCCUAUUUGGGGGCCAUGGUGUCCAGCAAUUCAGCACUCCAGUAUGUGAACUACCCCACCCAGGUGUUGGGGAAAUCCUGUAAGCCUAUCCCAGUUAUGCUCUUAGGAGUCACCGUCCUCCGGAAGAAAUAUCCUGUGACCAAGUAUUUGUGUGUGCUGCUCAUAGUGGUGGGAGUAGCCCUGUUUAUGUACAAGCCCAAGAACACCGGCCCCAGCGGUGAUGAUCACGUCUUCGGUUACGGAGAAUUGCUGCUGUUGCUCUCUCUUACUCUGGACGGAUUGACUGGAGUGUCUCAGGAUCACAUGCGGGCACAUUACCAGACUGGCUCCAACCAAAUGAUGUUUCAUAUCAACCUCUGGUCCAGUUGUUUUCUAGGAGCAGGUAUCGUGUUCAGUGGCGAAAUAUGGGAGUUCUUGAGCUUCACUGAACGGUACCCAAGUAUCAUCUACAACAUUCUGCUCUUCAGCUUGACCAGCGCCUUAGGACAGACCUUCAUCUUCAUGACUGUAGUCUACUUUGGUCCUCUCACCUGCUCCAUCAUUACCACCACUCGGAAGUUCUUCACCAUCUUGGCCUCUGUAAUACUCUUCUCUAACCCGAUCAGUGGCUUACAGUGGGUAGGAACCUUGUUAGUGUUUUUAGGUCUAGGAUUUGAUGCCAAAUUUGGUAAAGGAUCCAAAAAGCCGUCCCACUGA